AUGCCUCCAUUUCUGCCGCGCAAACACUUGCGUUCGCCAUCCCCCGAGGCUGGACCGUCGAAGCGUCCUGCCGUUGGCAAAUCGAAACCUGCGACUCCAGCAGCACGCAAACCCACCUUAUUUGAUGACCUAGAUGCUGGUACUGGAAAAAGACGAACGGUAGAAGACCAAAAAGCAAUCCUUGACAAGCUGGUAGCUACAGACGACGAAGGCUCGCUUUCAUCCCUUUCCUCAGAAGACGAGUUCGAAAAUGUUCCUGGCGUCCAGCAAAAGAGUAUAAACGAUGGAUCCGGCGACGAGGACGACGAGAUCGAGUUUGAAGAUGUAGAGACGUACACCGCGCCUACACAAGCUGGGCCUGCCCCUUCCGGUGACCUCGAAUUGACGUUGACAAGAGAUACGCGAAUCUCCCUUACCAACCCGUUGGGCACAAAAAAGGGACCGACAAAAAUUGAACGUCAAAUCCGAAUCAAUACACAUCAGGUGCAUGUUCAGUUUCUUAUGUUCCAUAAUGCGAUCCGCAACGCAUGGGCUUGCGACAAGGAGCUGCAUGGAAUAUUGUUGAAACAUCUAUCACCUGGAGUCGAGAGGGAAAUCGAGAAAUGGAGGCGUCGAAGUGGAUUAUCGUGGAACGACCAGGAUGGACCAGAAGCACAGAUCAAGGGCAAAGGAAAAGGAAAGGAAGUGGAAAAGGGGAAGGGAAAGGCUAAGACGCCUAGAGGUAAGGAAGCAAACCCAAGAAGUCAACGUGACUGGGGACAACCUGCCGCAAUGCUAGAAGCAGGUGCUGUGGACAUCAGUGGCGGAGAUCCUCUCUUUAAGCUUGUAGAAGUGCUGGUGGCUUUUUGGAAGCAGAGAUUCCGAAUCACUGCACCUGCUCUACGCAAAUUGGGUUAUAUGCCACUUCAGACUUUGGACGAAGUGACGAAAAGCUUCGAGAAAGUGCAGCACGAUCCCGAACGAUAUGGAGAGAAGAUAGUGGGCAUUGAACAGUUUCGCGUGUGUGCAAGUAAGAUGGAAGGAAGUCGUGACGUUGGUGCUCAGCUAUUCACGGCUUUACUUAGAGCCAUUGGACUUGAUACACGUCUUGUAGCUAAUUUGCAACCUGUGGGAUUUGGAUGGGGUAAAUAUGAGGAAGCUUCGGAAAAGAACGCUCGACAAUUGAAAAAGCCGGGAAAACAGCGUCAAAAGGGUGAUGAUUCUGGUCACAGCGACAACUCUGAUGCUAGCGAAGAGGAGCAGACAGAAGUGAAACUCACGAAACCAAAAACAAAGGCACCAGCACGAGUAAAGAACACUAAGAAGGAAACGCCUAAAACUACGCGCCAUAGCCUCCGUGGUGACAAGGGUGCGCCAAUUGAUCUGUCGAGCUCCGAAUUGUCGUCCUUAGAGAGUGAUGAAGAAUCUGUUGUGGAUGUCACACCGGCUAAGAAGUCCACAAAACCCUCACUACCGUACGACAGAGAUCUUGUCACGCCAAACUAUUGGUCUGAAGUACUCUCUCCUGUGACAAACGAGUACCUUCCCGUCGAUGCAAUUGUACUACGCCUCCACGCGACAAGCCAGGAACAGUACGAGCGAUUUCUUCCCCCUAAUAAAUCUGAGAGAUCAAGACACAUAACCUCGUACGUCGUAGGCCAUUCAUCCGAUGGCACUGCAAAGGAUGUUACAACAAGAUAUCUAAAGUGGAAAAAAUGGCCUGGUAGAACUAAGGGAUAUCGGUUACCACCAGAGAAAAUUCCAAUCCAUGAUCGUAAUGGGAAGAUUAAACAUUACGAACAUAAGGAUUGGUUCAAGAUUGUUAUGUCGGGAUAUAGCCGCGGCUCCAAGAACCAUCCGCUUACAGAAGUAGACCACCAUGAGGACGCCACCAUUCUACAACCAGCAAAACCGGAGAGGCGAGUUGUUCAGGAGGGAAAAGAAACCAUACAAUACUACAAGAGCUCCCCAGAAUUCGUGCUUGAGCGUCACCUUAAGCGAGAGGAGGCUUUGCUUCCUGGUGCCAAGCAUGUGAAGAUGUUUACAACCAAGAAGAAAGGUGUCGAGGAUUCUGAGGAGAGAGUUUUUCUUAGAAAAGAUGUUGUGAAAUGUAAGAGCGAAGAAACCUGGCAUAAGGAGGGCAGAAUUCCUAUCAUUGGUGUAGAGCCUUUGAAAAGCGUGCCGUACAGGGCAGCCACGAUCAAUCGUAAGCGGCAGCUGAAGGAGCAGGAACAAGAAACUGGCGCCAAACCUCUUCAAGGUUUGUACAGCUUAGAACAAACCGAGUGGAUAGUCUCACCACCCAUUGAAAAUGGCCAUAUUCCGACCAACAAAUACGGAAAUUUCGAUCUUUUUGUGGAUAGCAUGCUUCCUCAAGGUGCUGUACACCUUCCUUUCAAAGGCACUGUUACAAUAUGUAAACGCCUCGGAAUUAGUUUCGGAGAAGCCGUUACUGAUUUUGAAUUUGGGCAUGGAGCCGCAAUUCCAGUUGUCACUGGUGUUGUAGUUGCCGAAGAACACGAAGAGGCUGUCAUGAAAGAAUGGAGAAUAUAUGAAGACGAAAGGCAAAGGAAGGAGAACGAAAAGCGCAAGAGGGUUGCGAUUGGCAUGUGGGCACGCAUGGUAAGAGGGCUAAGGCUCAUCAAGGACUUCGUGGCAGUACAUGGUGAAGAUGGGGGCCACGAAGUAGACGAGAUCAACCCGUGGACCAACAGAAAAACAACCGCCGCGGAAGAUAAAGCGAUUGAAAAGAACCGGGAAUCAAUGGUACAUCGAGAGGAGGAUCUUGCUGGUGGCUUUUUCCCAGAGGGACAUCACGAGGAAGAGGUUGACCAAUCAUCAUUACGGUUCUUCCCGGGUUCCCAGAAUCCUGAUGAGAGCACCGGUGGAGGCGGCUUCUUUGUUGACGAGCCAGAAGACCCUGCUGAAUUGAACAGUGAAGCAUAUGCUACACCUCAUUCCCUAGACUCCGCCAGCAGGGCCCCAGUUCAGGCUGAGGUUCAGAGAGAUGAAAAGAUGGAUGGUAGAUCUGAUUCAGACACACCUUUGCCAGAAGUUAAGAAAGUAGGAGCCAAGAAACGUGGUCGACCUGUGGCUGGCUCGUCGAGGAAAUCAAAUCAACUACCUACACCGUCCUCUGCCACUCCCAUUCUAUCUAGGCGUCCAAAAAUCCCAGGGUCCUCGACAUCGAAACCUGUAAAGAAACAGGUAUCUGGAGCAAACCUCAGCAAUGAAGGAGAAAGUUCGUCACUUUCCGAGCCAGAGGGAGAUGGGCGUUCCGACGACCAAGAGCCACCAAAGAAACUAGCAAAGAGGACACCCGCCAAAAGAGCGACUAAACCACCGAUAGAGUCCGCAAGCCGGGCCGCACCUCGCAAAACUCCGAAAAGACACGCUGCGAAGAAAAGCGCAACGGCAUUGACUUCGCAUUAUUUUGAGCAGGAGGGCGACGAAGACGAUGAGUUUUGA